AUGCUGCCCGGCGAGUCUUCCGUAAUCCCUCUGUCUACCCGUGGACUGCCACGCCGUCUCCUAGUGUUACCACUUCGAUUUAUAUCCUGCACGAAAUACCUUUUUGACCAAAGUCCGUGUCUCUACAUCCGUCGUCUCCCCUGCUCCAUCUCCGGGCGUGACAAGAAAGAUGAAUCCAAGUGCCACAUUGAACCCUGUCUUGGAUCAAUUGAUGCGAUGUGUCUAGGUGAGAUUGUGCAGAAUUUGCGGUCUGAGUAUUGA